CCACAUUGGCCUCCCAAAGUGCGGGGAUUAUAAGUGUGAGCCAACGCGCAGAGCCAGGAAAGGGUUAGUUAUUAAGAAACUCUUGAACUUAGUAAAUCCUAAUAGCUGUUAUUUAUUAUGGGAAAGGGCUAAUUAUUAAGAAACUAUUAUGUUUAGCUGUAAUCUCUCUCUCCAUAAUUGUAGUUCAUGGUUCUAGGUCUCUUUUAAAGCAGUGCAAAUGAAUAUUAAUAUUUCAUUUUUAUAUAACUGUGUUUCAGAUGUUGACAGAGAUCCCACCCUUUAAACCUCUUCUACUGUGUUAAAUAUUACCAGCUUUUUGUAGCUUUCCUAAACCAGUUACUGCUUGCCAUUGUUUGCAUAGAUCCUGCAAGACCCAACAGUGCAGAUUACUGUCGAAUUUUCUGCCUUCCUUGCUCCAGACAUCAUGGGUCUAAUCAUGUAACAUGAGAUUAUAUUAAGGUUUUGAGGAUUGCACAUUGGCUCAGAGAGAGCUUUUGACUGCUCUGUUUUAUAGAUAAGGACUUCUACCUCCCACUCACCUAUGAAUUGUUCCUUAAGCCUGAUUUCCUAUCUGUACUUGUACAGGUGGCAUUUUGAUAAUAUUCGUGUAGGUCUUUAUAUUUAUUCUUGUUAAAUUUAAAUUUACUGGUUUUAGCCUACUUUUCACCUAUCAAAUUAUUUAAAACUCUGGAUUUUGUCAGUAAAGAAAUUAGACAUCUUUUACAAUUUUUCACCCAUCCUGUGUCUGGUUCACCAUCUUAAAAACAGGAAUAAUAUUUAACAGGUUAGUUUCGAAGUUUAAGUGGAAUCACUUAUACAUUCCUUCUUUGAACAAUGGUGUGUCAAGUACUAGGGAUAAAGUACAAUCAGUCCUUAACAAUAUCAGAUAAAUGUAGUGCAGUUCCCCUCAUCUAACUUACAAUUCCAGUUUGUGAUGCAGUAUUUUCUGUUUUUCUUAAAUAGAAGCAGAGGGAUAAUUAACAGGUCAUUGUGCUCAUGCAACAUAUUAAUCCCAAGGGAAUAUAUUACAGCCAAAUUAGUAAUAAAGAUAAUAAAUAAAGAUAGUAAUUUUUUACAUUCGCCAUGUUGCUCUGUGAAAUAUUAUAGUGGGGAGCCUUGAUCUAAGACCUCGCCCCUAGGCAAAGAAUGGAAAUGAUUUGCAACCACUGUUCAAGGACUCCACCUUUGAAACCUUGAGUAGAGGUUUGUAAGCGAAGUCUGGCCUUUUUAAAAAAUAGGUUGUGGGAAAUGAAGUAAGCUUUGUUAAAUCUGCUGUUAAGGUCUGCCUGUUUUUCAAGUAAGUGCAUUUUUAAAAGCCCCAUGUGGGAAUUUCUCAUGGACUUAAGUCUUCUUUGUUUUUCUGCAUGUCUCCAUCUCAUGUCAUCUUUUAAACUUUCCCUUCUAACGUGCUCCAUGUGAAUGUGGAGCAUAUUUCUUAUAAAUAGUUGCCACAUUAAUUUUUCAGUUACAAAUCAGAUGCAACAUAAACAGUUUGCUGUCAGAAUUUUUUUUUUUUAAAUCAUUUCCUUGGAACAUAUCUGUGGAUUAAAUCUUAGUGAUCUUUUUUGAACACUCAGUUAGGUUUUUCUGAUACUGAACAUUAACUCAACAGAUUCCUUGUGUUUCUAAAGACUGUAUUUAGAAUCACUUACAUGGUUAGUUAGCAUUUCCUGUGUCAGCCAUUGCAUUGAUUUCUCUCCUGUUUUAUUUCAUAAUUAAAUUAUUUUUAACGAUGAACCAGAAGUACCAUUUCACUUUAUGAAAGUGGAAAAAUGAAGUUUUAGCCCAGAUUUCCUCUGUAAAUGAUUUGGGUGGGGUGUGUCAAGGACUUGUGUAUGGUAUACCCAAGGAUGAAAUAGACGAUGUGAAAAUGUAAGAUUGAGUUAAAGUAUAAAGUUUAUCAGAUAAUCAACUUUUUUUUUUUUUUUUUUUUUUAAGAAAUUGCCCUAUUAAUGGGGGGGUGUUAUUGGCUUUAGGAAAAGAGAAGUAGAACUUGUGACUUUAUUUGCUGUCUUUUAUUUUUCAUUGGCUUAGUGGUUACUUAGUUUGGUGUACUCAUAGAGAAAAUAGCAUUUUAAAAUGUCCUUCUUUGGGGAACAAUAAAACACUAAAAAUCAAAUUUGUAAAAUUUCUUGUUUUCUAAUAUCAAAGAAUGACUUCUUUCUGCCAUAUCUACAAGUUUUCCGCAUCCUCUAUAGUUUUUCCUCUGUGGUAGCAGAGAAAGGGCAUAUUUAACUAUUAAGUGAAGUAAGUGGUAUUAGAAACCUAGAAUUCUAUUUCUCAUUCUUCUAUACUACUAACUCUAUAACCUUAAGCACUUUAUUUUUCUAUGAAAGAUAAGUACAUUAUUCUCUUGCUUCCCUUGGGUUUUGAUGAAGCUUAAUUAAAUGUUUGUAAAGCACACUGAGAUGUAUGGUUAAACACUGUAUAUGUUGUAAAUAUGAUUAAUCAUUACUAAGAACAGACCAUUUUUCUCAAUUUCGUAGUAAUUAGAAAGUGAAUACUUUAGGUGGGAAGAAAAAGAAUGUAAUGGUAUGAAUAUAGCAUGGAAGGCCUUUGCAUUAAGUAGUUUCCUGAACUAUAUAAUCUCCGUCUCUUGGAGUGUUGUUACUUAUAAUUUAGAAGUCAUUGGAUGUUAUUGACAGGGUGGAAAGUUGUUACAUGGUUCUUUUUUUUAACUGGAUCUGUUUAAUGCUACUUACUAAUUGUCAAGAAAUGGGUAAAUAUAACCCAAAUUUUAGCGAACUUCAAGAUGUGUGAUUUAUUCUUACUUGUAUAAAAUCUAUAAUAUGGAUUUCUCCUAAAUCUUUUAUUUAUAUUUUAUUUCUUAAGCAAUGUUUGACAUAUUAUAACCUCCCAUAAUUGUGUUUCAACAUACAAGAUAUUGUGGAUAGUGAAAUUUCCGUAUUACAAUUACGAGUUUUAAGAUGUGUAGGUUGUAGGCAUGGAGCCAGGCUGAGAGAGAGAUUAUGCCAAGUCUCAGUACAGAAAAACGUCAGUGCCUGAGGAUGUGUGAUUUUACUUCAUCUAUCAGGUUCCCCCAUUAGGUUAGUUUCCUUCUUGAGAGAAGUCACACAUUUUUCCAGAGAGAGGCAAGCAAUUAGAAACCUUCACAUAUAAAGUCAGACACCAUCAGCAUGAGGGUAAUUUGACUUAACUGUGAAAAGAAUUUUUUGGCAUGUGGAUAUGUGUUUUGUGGGACACAGGCUAGAUGGAAGGUGUAGAACUUGAUUAUUUAAUCCCUGAGUUGGCAUGUCCUCAUUUUUUAUUGUGAUAGAAUAUAAGUAACUUUAAAAUUUACAAUUUUAUACAUUAUUAAGUGUAAAAGGCCAAUGGCAUUAAAUACAUUGCCAUUGUUUUUGCAGCCAUUACCACCAUCUAUCUGCAGAACUUUUUGAUCCUCCCAAACUAAAAGUUUACACCACUGAACAGUAACUCCCCAAUUCGUCCUUCCCCCAGCACCUGGCAGCCUCCAUUCUACUUUGUGCCUGCGUAAAUUUGACUAUUUUGGUACCUAGAGUAGAGCAUUAUAUAGUAUUUGUCCUUUUGUGACUGGCUUACUUCUAGUUUGAUGUCUUCAAGUUUUAUCCAUGGUGUAGCAUGUAAUAGAAAUUCAUUCCUUUUUUAAGGCUGAAUAAAGUCCAACUGUAUGCAUGUACCACAUUUUAUUCAUACAUUCAUUUGUCAAUAAACACUUGAGUUGCUUCUACCUUUUAGCAACAGUUUACUUUUAAGUUAUUAGUUAUGACUAUUAUAGAAAAAUAUUUGGGAUUUUGACAGGAAUAAGUCUAGCGGAUUAAAUAGGGUCUUUCCAAUGCCCUUUCCCAGUCAGUGGAAGGUUGAUUCACUCAACAAAAAUGUGAAUGCCUACAGUGUGCACCCUGCUAGGUGCAGUGAACAGAGGAGUACACACAGACAGACAUGGCACCAGCCAUCGUGGAGAUGAGAGUGUAGUGGAGGAAGCAAACACUGACUGCUUAAAUACUCUUUGGACUCCAUGCAAAAUUACAACUGUAGCAAAUAUAUGCUUCAAUGAAGGGAUAAACACUAUCAUGAGACUUCUGAGGGUAUUUCACCAGUAUGUUUUGGGGGAUGGAGGUGGCAUCAGUGAGGAAAGGAAGGAAGAAGGAAAAUUCCAGGCAGAGGAAAUAACAUGCAAAGGCCCUCUUGUCUAUCAAGAAGGCAAGAACAGCCCAUGCAAUGUGGAGUGCAGAGAGUGACCGUGAGCAUGGUAUAAGUCUGGAAAAUGUAUACAUCUUAGAGAGCAUGACAAGAGUUUUGGUCUUUAUGCCAGGAGCAGUGGGAAGCCAUAGAGGUGUUUUGUUUUCAUUUGUAAAAGGGGCUUAGUGGAUGAGGGCAAAAUGAUCAAGCUUUAGUUUUUAUAAGAUUUCAGGAGGUAGUAUGAUAAAUAAGUUGCGUAGAUGAAGUUAGAAUCCAAACAGUUCAUUAAGGAGACUUCUGCAGUUCUUGAGGCAGAAAAUAACGAUUGGAGUGCAAUGAUAACUGCAAAGACAAAGAGAAAUCUAAAUUUGAGAAAAAUUAGAGAAUUUAAUAAACAGAUGUUGUGAUGGAUUGAUCAUGGACAGAGAUGUUAAGGAAACUCUUAAAUGUAGAAAUGGCGUAACAGGAUCACUAUCGUUCAUCAUUUGAGUAUUGCGUGAGAUGAUGAAUGGUUAAAACCAAGCAGAUUUUUGAGAGAUUUGGUUGGGAAGUGGAGGAAGAGGAAAAUACUGGGUCUAGGGAAUGUUUCUGUUUUUGUUUUUGUUUUGAGAUGGGAGAGACCUGCACAUUUAAAAGCUAGCGGGCAGGACUGUGGUUGUGUGACAGAGGUGAAGCGUACAUGGCAAAAGAAGGAUAAUGAGUAAUGUAAGAAAUCUAAGAAAAGGGAUGGGAGAAUGGGGAGAAGGAUCCAAAAUAGUGAUGUGGUGGGAAUGGUUGCCUUUAGAUAUGAGGAGAAAGAAGGAAAGAGAAUAGAGUGGGCACAGCCUUAGGUAGUAGUCAAGGAACACAAGUUAGCAAGCACUGACAAUUCCAAAGUCAAUUAUUAAAAAUGCUACAUUUUCUGUAUCUAUUUCCAGUUAUGUGUGCCAUUGAUAGUAAACCUGAUUGUGAAAAGCUGACCAGUGUUUCAGAGUUAAAAUGUCCUUAUUCUUUGUCAAGUAUAAUGCAGUCUUUCAAAUACCUACAUACCUACGUGAAAUCCAGAGUUUAUAAUAGAAUAAUGUAUCUGCUUUUUAUUUCUACUCUUUACCUCUGAAGUUUGGUUUGAUUUAAAGAAAAGCCUAGGUAGGUUAAUUUUUUAUAUUAUUUGCAAGGCAAUAUGUGCAUCUGUGUAUGUGUGUGUAUGAGUGUUUGUGAAAAUCAUAUCUAAAUUUAUACAAAGCUUGUCAAGUGUGCGUUUUAUAAAUUUUUGAUAGGUAUUUGUUUACUGUAGCACAGCGAUAUUUGAGGGUGGGAUAGAGGUCACAUUGAUUCCUUUAUUUUAACCUUGGUGAAAAAAGCAUAUUUUAGUUCAAAGCUGUUCAAGUAAGUCCUUGCUCCGUUUUCCCACCCUGUCUUCAGUGAUAUUAUUUGGAGUCAGCAAUCAAUGGAUUCCAUCCCUCUGAGACUUGCUUAACCUACAGCUGCUGAUAGAAUACAGGCAAGAGCUUGUUACUUUAUCUGAAUUGUCCAUUGCUACCUUAAUGAGUGAAAUGGUUAAGUAGAGGAGGGGGCGAGUCUUAAGGAAUGUGUGUACCGUUUGAGCUGAAUAUUUCAGUGUAUAUAGGGAGAGGGAGGGUGAGAGAGAAAUCCACUUACAUCACUAGAACUGCAUUGAGUGUGAGCCUUGCAGGUUAAGAGACAGACUACAGUGUCUUGCUUUCUGCAGGAAGCAGCAAUGCCGUUUGUUUCCUAAGAGGAAUUUUUUAUUUAGAAAAGGAAGCUUUCUAUCCAGGAAAUGGCUUUCCUUGUGCGUUGCUAUGCCAACUGCCUGCAGCCAUGGUCCUCCAAACUUCCUGCAGAUUUCACAAAACUGCAUCUUACUGACAGUCUCCACCCACAGGUGACCCACGUUUCUUCUAGCCAUUCAGGAUGUAGUAUCACUAGUGAUUCUGGAAGCAGCAGUCUUUCUGAUAUCUACCAGGCCACGGAAAGCGAGGCUGGUGAUAUGGACCUGAGUGGGUUGCCAGAAACAGCAGUGGAUUCCGAGGAUGACGAUGAUGAAGAAGACAUUGAGAGAGCAUCAGAUCCUCUGAUGAGUAGGGACAUUGUGAGAGACUGCCUAGAGAAGGACCCAAUUGACCGGACAGAUGAUGACAUUGAACAACUCUUGGAAUUUAUGCACCAGUUGCCUGCUUUUGCCAAUAUGACAAUGUCGGUGAGGCGAGAACUCUGUGCCGUGAUGGUGUUCGCAGUGGUGGAAAGAGCAGGGACCAUAGUGUUAAAUGAUGGUGAAGAGCUGGACUCCUGGUCAGUGAUUCUCAAUGGAUCUGUGGAAGUGACUUAUCCAGAUGGAAAAGCAGAAAUACUGUGUAUGGGAAAUAGUUUUGGUGUCUCUCCUACCAUGGACAAAGAAUACAUGAAAGGAGUGAUGAGAACAAAGGUGGAUGACUGCCAGUUUGUCUGCAUAGCCCAGCAAGAUUACUGCCGUAUUCUCAACCAAGUAGAAAAGAACAUGCAAAAAGUUGAAGAGGAAGGAGAGAUUGUUAUGGUGAAAGAACACCGAGAACUUGAUCGAACUGGAACAAGAAAGGGACACAUUGUCAUCAAGGGCACCUCAGAAAGGUUAACAAUGCAUUUGGUGGAAGAGCAUUCAGUAGUAGAUCCAACAUUCAUAGAAGACUUUCUGUUGACCUAUAGAACUUUUCUUUCUAGCCCAAUGGAAGUGGGCAAAAAGUUAUUGGAGUGGUUUAAUGACCCGAGCCUCAGGGAUAAGGUUACACGGGUAGUAUUAUUGUGGGUAAAUAAUCACUUCAAUGACUUUGAAGGAGACCCUGCAAUGACUCGAUUUUUAGAAGAAUUUGAAAAUAAUCUGGAAAGAGAGAAAAUGGGUGGACACCUAAGGCUGUUAAAUAUUGCAUGUGCUGCUAAAGCAAAAAGAAGAUUGAUGACGUUAACAAAACCAUCCCGAGAAGCUCCAUUGCCUUUUAUCUUACUUGGAGGCUCUGAGAAGGGAUUUGGAAUCUUUGUUGACAGUGUAGAUUCAGGUAGCAAAGCAACCGAAGCAGGCUUGAAACGGGGGGAUCAGAUAUUAGAAGUAAAUGGCCAAAACUUUGAAAAUAUUCAGCUGUCAAAAGCCAUGGAAAUUCUUAGAAAUAACACACAUUUAUCUAUCACUGUGAAAACCAAUUUAUUUGUAUUUAAAGAACUACUAACAAGGUUGUCAGAAGAGAAAAGAAAUGGUGCCCCCCACCUUCCUAAAAUUGGUGACAUCAAAAAGGCCAGUCGCUACUCCAUUCCAGAUCUUGCUGUAGAUGUAGAACAGGUGAUAGGACUUGAAAAAGUGAACAAAAAAAGUAAAGCCAACACUGUUGGAGGAAGGAACAAGCUGAAAAAGAUACUCGACAAGACUCGGAUCAGCAUCUUGCCACAGAAACCAUACAAUGAUAUUGGGAUUGGCCAAUCUCAAGAUGACAGUAUAGUAGGGCUAAGGCAGACAAAGCACAUCCCAACUGCAUUGCCUGUCAGUGGAACCUUAUCAUCCAGUAAUCCUGAUUUAUUGCAGUCACAUCAUCGCAUUUUAGACUUCAGUACUACUCCUGACUUACCAGAUCAAGUGCUAAGAGUUUUUAAGGCUGAUCAGCAAAGCCGCUACAUCAUGAUCAGUAAGGACACUACAGCAAAGGAAGUGGUCAUUCAGGCUAUCAGGGAGUUUGCUGUUACUGCCACCCCAGAUCAGUAUUCGCUAUGUGAGGUCUCCGUCACACCUGAGGGAGUAAUCAAACAAAGAAGACUUCCAGAUCAGCUUUCCAAACUUGCUGAUAGAAUACAACUGAGUGGAAGGUAUUAUCUGAAAAACAAUAUGGAAACAGAAACUCUUUGUUCAGAUGAAGAUGCUCAGGAGUUGUUGAGAGAGAGUCAAAUUUCCCUCCUUCAGCUCAGCACUGUGGAAGUUGCCACACAGCUCUCUAUGCGAAAUUUUGAACUCUUUCGAAACAUUGAACCUACUGAAUAUAUAGAUGAUUUAUUUAAACUCAGAUCAAAAACCAGCUGUGCCAACCUGAAGAGAUUUGAAGAAGUCAUUAACCAGGAAACAUUUUGGGUAGCAUCUGAAAUUCUGAGAGAAACAAACCAGCUGAAGAGGAUGAAGAUCAUUAAGCAUUUCAUCAAGAUAGCACUGCACUGUAGGGAAUGCAAGAAUUUUAACUCAAUGUUUGCAAUCAUUAGUGGCCUAAACCUGGCACCAGUGGCAAGACUGCGAACGACCUGGGAGAAACUUCCCAAUAAAUACGAAAAACUAUUUCAAGAUCUCCAAGACCUGUUUGAUCCUUCCAGAAACAUGGCAAAAUAUCGCAAUGUUCUCAAUAGUCAAAACCUACAACCUCCCAUAAUCCCACUAUUUCCAGUUAUCAAGAAGGAUCUCACCUUCCUUCACGAAGGAAAUGACUCAAAAGUAGAUGGGCUGGUCAAUUUUGAGAAGCUAAGGAUGAUUGCGAAAGAAAUUCGUCACGUUGGCCGAAUGGCUUCAGUGAACAUGGACCCUGCCCUCAUGUUCAGGACUCGGAAGAAGAAAUGGCGGAGUUUGGGGUCUCUCAGCCAGGGUAGUACAAAUGCAACAGUGCUAGAUGUUGCUCAGACAGGUGGUCAUAAAAAGCGGGUACGUCGUAGUUCCUUUCUCAAUGCCAAAAAGCUUUAUGAAGAUGCCCAAAUGGCUCGAAAAGUGAAGCAGUACCUUUCCAAUUUGGAGCUAGAAAUGGAUGAGGAGAGUCUCCAGACAUUAUCUCUGCAGUGUGAGCCAGCAACCAACACAUUGCCUAAGAAUCCUGGUGACAAAAAGCCUGUCAAAUCUGAGACCUCUCCAGUAGCUCCAAGGGCAGGGUUACAACAGAAAGUUCAGUCCCUGCCACAGCCCCAGCAGCAGCCACCACCACCACAUAAAAUCAACCAGGGGCUGCAGGUUCCCGCUGUGUCCCUUUAUCCUUCCCGGAAGAAAGUGCCCGUGAAGGAUCUCCCACCUUUUGGCAUAAACUCUCCACAAGCUUUAAAGAAAAUUCUUUCUUUGUCUGAAGAAGGAAGUUUGGAACGUCACAAGAAACAAGCUGAAGAUACAAUAUCAAAUGCGUCUUCACAGCUUUCUUCUCCUCCUACUUCUCCACAGAGUUCUCCAAGGAAAGGUGGCAGUGGCAAUCAGCUGAGAUCUUUUGGCUCCGGGCAAUUGGACUUAACCAGUUCCUCCUCUUCUCUUGGAAGUGAGAACAGUAACAAGAAUAACAAUGCACCACGGACCUAUGGGAUAGGCUAUACUUUGGCUCCCAGUGGUACUGUGGAUAAUUUUUCAGAUUCUGGUCACAGUGAAAUUUCUUCACGAUCCAGUAUUGUCAGCAAUUCUUCUUUUGACUCAGUGCCAGUCUCACUGCACGAUGAGAGGCGUCAGAGGCAUUCUGUCAGCAUUGUGGAAACAAACUUAGGGGUGGGCAGAAUGGAGAGGCGGACCAUGAUGGAACCUGAUCAAUAUAGCUUGGGGUCCUAUGCACCAAUGUCUGAGGGCCGAGGCUUAUAUGCUACAGCUACAGUAAUUUCUUCUCCAAGCACAGAGGAACUUUCCCAGGAUCAGGGGGAUCGUGCAUCACUUGAUGCUGCCGACAGUGGCCGUGGGAGCUGGACGUCAUGCUCAAGUGGCUCCCAUGAUAACAUACAGACCAUCCAGCACCAGAGAAGCUGGGAGACUCUUCCAUUCGGGCAUACUCACUUUGAUUAUUCAGGGGAUCCUGCAGGUUUAUGGGCAUCAAGCAGCCAUAUGGACCAAAUUAUGUUUUCUGAUCAUAGCACAAAGUAUAACAGGCAAAAUCAAAGUAGAGAGAGUCUUGAUCAAGCUCAGUCUCGAGCAAGCUGGGCAUCUUCCACAGGUUAUUGGGGAGAAGACUCAGAAGGUGACACAGGCACAAUAAAGCGGAGGGGUGGAAAGGACGUUUCCAUUGAAGCCGAAAGCAGUAGCAUAACGUCUGUGACCACAGAAGAAACCAAGCCCGUCCCCAUGCCUGCCCACAUAGCUGUGGCAUCAAGUACUGCAAAGGGGCUCAUUGCACGAAAGGAGGGCAGGUAUCGAGAGCCCCCGCCCACCCCUCCGGGCUACAUUGGAAUUCCCAUUACUGACUUUCCAGAAGGGCAUUCCCAUCCAGCCAGGAAACCUCCGGACUACAAUGUGGCCCUUCAGAGAUCGAGGAUGGUCGCACGAUCCUCCGACACAGCUGGGCCUUCAUCUGUACAGCAGCCACAUGGGCAUCCCACCAGCAGCAGGCCUGUGAACAAACCUCAGUGGCAUAAACCUAACGAGUCCGACCCGCGCCUCGCCCCCUAUCAGUCUCAAGGGUUUUCCACCGAGGAGGAUGAAGAUGAACAGGUUUCUGCUGUUUGAGGCACAGGCUUUUCUGGAUCCAGAGCGAGCCACCUGAAAGGAGAGCACAAGAAGACGUCCCGAGCAUUGGAGCCUUGGAACUCACAUUCUGAGGAUGGUGGACCAGUUUGCCUCCUUCCCUGCCUUAAAGCAGCAUGGGGCUUCUUCUCCCCUUCUUCCUUUCCCUUUUGCAUGUGAAAUACUGUGAAGAAAUUGCCCUGGCACUUUUCAGACUUUGUUGCUUGAAAUGCACAGUGCAGCAAUCUUCGAGCUCCCACUGUUGCUGCCUGCCACAUCACACAGUAUCAUUCCAAAUUCCAAGAUCAUCACAUCAAGAUAAUUCCCUCUGGCUGCACUUCUCAAUGCCUGGAAGGAUUUUUUUAAAUCUUCCUUUUAGAUUUCAAUCCAGUCCUAGCACUUGAUCUCAUUGGGAUAAUGAGAAAAGCUAGCCAUUGAACUCCUUGGGGCCUUUAACCCACCAAGGAAGACAAAGAAAAACAAUGAAAUCCUUUGAGUACAGUGCUUGUCCACUUGUUUACAAUGUCCUCCUUUUUAAAAAAAAAAAAAAAUUAGUUUAAAGAUUGUGUUCAGAGAGUAAAUGUUAUAUCCAUUUAAUGAUUACAGUAUUAUUUUAAACUUUAAGUAGGGUUGCCAGCCUGGUUUCUGAAAAACCAAAUAUGCCGGACAGGGUGUGGCCACACCAAGAUGACGGGAAGACCUGGCUUGUGACCUUGGCUUCCCAUGUCCUUCUGGUCUCACCCGCGAAGUGCCCUAUCCUGGAAGUAUGAAAUGUUAGCCAAUUAAUACCAAGACACCUCAUCUGCUCCUUCCCUAGUGGAUGGGGUUCUUCUGUAAAACUGUUUGCACAUGGCCAGGGGAGGGAAAUGGGACCCUUGUGUCCUGUCUGAGCCUUAUGGAGGCAGGACAGUGUCAUUGGAGGAUGUGUCCUGCUCCAUUGAGAUGGAUGGCAAACCCCAUUUUUAAGUUAUAUUUCUUUGAUUUUUGUUUAAAUUUAGAGGUUUAGGUUUUGUUUUUUAUUUUUGUUUUUAAGAGAAACAUUUAUAACUGGAUAGCGUUGCAGUGAAAGCAGCUUGGGAUGUUGGGGCUAAUGCCAGCUGUUUAUACUGCUCUUUCAAGACAGCCUCCCUUUAUUGAAUUGGCAUUAGGGAAUAAACAAGCCUUUAAACGUGAUAAAAGAUCAAAAACCUGGUUAGAUAUGCCAGCCUUUGCAGGGCAGGUUAGUCACCAAAGACUAACCUCCAAGUGGCUUUAAGGACACUGCAUAUAGAGAAGGCCUAAGUGUAGCAACCAUCUGCUCACAGCUGCUAUUAACCCUAUAAUGACUGAAAUGACCCCUCCACUCUAUUUUUGUGUUGUUUUUGCACAGACUCCGGAAAAGUGAAGGCUGCCAAUCUGAGUAGUACUCAAAUGUGAGGAACUGCUGGUCUUGGAUUUUUUUUCCAUUAAAUUCAGCUGAUCAUAUUGAUCAGUAGAUAAACGUAAAUAGCUUCAAAUUUUAAAAGUGGAAUUGCAGUGUUUUUUCACUGUAUCAAACAAUGUCAGUGCUUUAUUUAAUAAUUCUCUUCUGUAUCAUGGCAUUUGUCUACUUGCUUAUAUAUUACAUUGUCAAUUAUGCAUUUGUAAUUUUACAUGUAAUAUGCAUUAUUUGCCAGUUUUAUUAUAUAGGCUAUGGACCUCAUGUGCAUAUAGAAAGACAAAUCUAGCUCUACCACAAGUUGCACAAAUGUUAUCUAAGCAUUAAGUAAUUGUAGAACAUAGGACUGCUAAUCUCAGUUCUCUCUGUGAUGUCAAGUGCAGAAUGUACAAUUAACUGGUGAUUUCCUCAUACUUUUGAUACUACUUGUACCUGUAUGUCUUUUAGAAAGACAUUGGUGGAGUCUGUAUCCCUUUUGUAUUUUUAAUACAAUAAUUGUACAUAUUGGUUAUAUUUUUGUUGAAGAUGGUAGAAAUGUACUAUGUUUAUGCUUCUACAUCCAGUUUGUACAAGCUGGAAAAUAAAUAAAUAUAACGUAAAGCCUUG